AUUUGAUGUUCCAAGUUUUAGAUGAUAUAUUAUAUAUUUCUUGAACAUCUUUUUCAGCCCGAAAUCAAACUGCGAGCGAGAAAGGAAAACUUAAGACACGUCAGAAGAAGGAUGAAACCCAAGUGAAUCGAGAAUUCGACCAGGGUCAAUGACACAUCAGCGGUGGGCUUGAGGAUGGGAUUGACCGGUGACCUGAAUUGAAUUAUUGAUAAAAAAGCGAAACGGAGGGAGUACAUUGCUCCCUGUCAAUUACGAAGCUAUUUAGACAAAAACAAGAUUCUGAAUGGGUGUAAAAAUAGGAGGAGAAAUAGAGAGAAUGAACGGAAAAGAAUUGAGUUAUGAAGAAUUUGUGAAAAACUAUGUGGAGAAGAAUCAACCUGUUGUUAUAACUGGAUUAAUGGACGAUUGGAGAGCUUGUAAUGAUUGGGUUACCAAAGAUGGAUUGCCUAACCUCAGCUUCUUCUCUUUAAAUUUUGGGAAAUCAAAAGUUCAGGUUGCAGAUUGUGGGAGGAGAGAGUUUAAUGAUCAGAAAAUAGUCGAAAUGUCUGUCUCAGAUUUCGUAGGGAACUGGGUUGAUUUUUCUUCUAAAGAGUGUAGCAGUGCUUCUAGUUGUGAAGACAGCAAUGAGUUACUAUUAUAUUUGAAGGACUGGCAUUUUGUAGAAGUAUGUAAAAUAUGUGAGAUUUUACGUAUAAUUCGUAGAAAUUACGAUGAGUACCCCGAUUACAUAGCAUACACAACUCCAUUAUUUUUUCGUGAUGAUUGGCUCAACUUGUAUCUUGACAGCUAUAAUAUGCAUAUGGAUGAGACCUCUCAAGAGAAAAAUGAAGUUAAUUGCUCGGACUAUCGUUUUGUUUACAUGGGAUCCAAAGGUACUUGGACUCCUCUCCAUGCUGAUGUUUUUAGGUCGUAUAGCUGGUCGGCAAACGUCUGUGGGAGGAAAAAAUGGCUUCUUCUAUCUCCUUCCCAGAGUCAGCUUGUGUUUGACAGGCACAUGAAAAGUUCCGUCUAUGACAUAUUUGAAGAUGUUUCUGAAACGAAGUUUCCAGGCUUCAAUAAGGCUAUCUGGUUAGAGUGUAUUCAAGAGCAAAAUGAAGUUAUCUUUGUACCCAGUGGUUGGUAUCAUCAAGUACAGAAUAUGGAAGAUACAAUAUCCAUAAACCACAACUGGUUCAAUGCACAUAACCUAUCCUGGGUAUGGAAAUUACUUCUUAAAGACUACAACGAGGCAAAAGGGUAUAUAGAAGACAUCAGAGACAUAUGUGAUGAUUUCGAAGGUCUCUGUCAGCGCAACCUUGCUAUCAAUACAGGGAUGAAUUUUCCCGACUUUUUCAUCUUCAUCAUUCGAUUCUCAUUAGCCAAUUUGUUUCAACUAUGCUCCUUAGUGAAAGACCAUAAAAUUAAGGUCCAUGAUCCAUUUAUGGCUCAGCAUACAAUGUCUAACCUUGCAUCCAUUAAGCAAGUGGUCUCAGACAUGGAAAAUUUCCUUCAAGAAUUGGGUUUCUGUUUAGAUGUGAAAGAAGUAUUGAAGAAACCUGAUUUCAUGAAGCUGUGCAUAGCAAUGGGUGUGACAUACAGAAGAUUGAGAGAUGAGCACUGGAAACACAAUUUUGAUACUACGGAAGUUGAUUGCGGAGAUUUCUUACACUCCAUUGAUGAUUCUUGUGGUAAGGUCUACUCUCCAAAUGAUCUUGUCAAACUUAUAAACCAUGUUGCUACUGAUCUUGGUGCAAUUUUUGGUGAAGUUAAACUUUAAUUAUUGAUUUAAAA